CGCGGGGAGUUUGGAUCCUGCUUCGGCCCGCUCCGAACCUUCGUGAGAGGAUCAUGGCUACUAUUCCUCACAAUAAUCUACAGGAGCAACUGGAGCGUCACUCAGCCAGAAAACUUAAUAAUAAAUUAAGUCUUUCAAAACCAAAAUCUUCAGGUUUCACCUUUAAAAAGAAAACAUCUUCAGACAAUGAUGUAUCUGUAACUAGUGUGACAGUAGCAAAAACACCUGUGUUAAGUGAUAAAGAUGUUAAUGUUACCGAGGCUUUUUCCUUCAGUGAACCUCUUCCCUACCACACCCCAGAUCAGCAGACAAGGAUCAGUGACUUCUCUAAAAAUGCUCCAGCAGGAGAGCAAACCAGGAGACUUGGUUCAAAACCAUUGUUGCCAGGUUUGUUGCCAAUUCCGCAGGAAGUUUUAUGUAUUUCCCAAAACACACCAGUUAUAAAGAAACCCCGUGAUGAUGCUUUCAAGAAAUUAGAAUUUAGUUCUUCACCAGAUUCUUUCAGUGCUAUCAGUAUUUGGGACGAUAUGGAUGACUUUGAUACUUCUGGGACUUCAAAAGCAUUUGUUACACCAUCCAAAAAUCACUUUGUAAGAGUAAGCACUGCUCAGAAAUCAAGAAAAGCUAAGAGAAACUUUUUAAAAGCACAGCUUCAUAAAACAAAUACAGUAAAGGCUGAUUUGACGCCUUCUUCCUCUGAAAGCAAGCAAGUAGAUUUGACUAAGGAACAGAAAGAUGACGCAGAAUGGUUAAGUAGUGACGUGAUUUGCAUUGAUGAUGGCUCCAUUUCCGAAGUGCUUAUAAAUGAAGAUACUCAGAAAAAUCACUCUUUGAAAACUCACUUGGAAAAUGAAAGAGAUAAUAAUGAAAAGAAGAAAAAUUUGGAAGGAGCUGAAUUAGAUUCAACUGAGAAAGUUCCACAUAUUGAACUUGAUGAUGAUUAUGAUAUAGAUUUUGUUCCACCUUCUCCAGAAGAAGAAGUUAUUUCUGCCACUUCUUCCUCUUUAAACUGCUUUAGUAUGCUAAAGGACAUUGACACCUCUGACAGAAAGAAGGAUGUUCUUAACACAUCAAAAGAUCUUUUAUCAAAACCUGAGAAAAUGACUACACAGGAGUCUAAUCCAGAAACCAGGACAGACUGUGACGGUACAAAAAGUAUUUUAGACAUAUCACAUAUUUCACAAAGAUGUCCACCAGCAGCCUAUCAAGCUUGUGAAAGAGAGGUACUGUUUUCCACCUUCAAAACCAUAUCUACUGCUCAGAAUAAAAACUUCUUAAAGUCAAUUCAGGAUUACACUGACAAAUCGGCGCAAAAUCUAGCAUCCAGAAAUCUGAAACAUGAAUGUUUCCAAAGUCUUGAUUUUCCUCACACAAAAGAAAUGAUGAAGAUAUUUCAUAAAAAAUUUGGCCUGCAUAAUUUUAGAACUAAUCAGCUAGAGGCGAUCAAUGCUGCACUGCUUGGUGAAGACUGUUUUAUCCUAAUGCCCACUGGAGGUGGGAAAAGUUUGUGUUACCAGCUACCCGCCUGUGUUUCCCCUGGAGUCACUGUUGUCAUUUCUCCCUUGAGAUCACUAAUAGUAGAUCAAGUCCAAAAGCUGACUUCCUUGGAUAUUCCAGCUACAUAUCUGACAGGUGAUAAGACUGAUUCAGAAGCUACAAGUAUUUACCUCCAAUUAUCAAAAAAAGACCCAAUUAUAAAACUUCUGUAUGUUACUCCAGAGAAGGUCUGUGCAAGUAACAGGCUGAUUUCUACUCUGGAGAAUCUGUAUGAGAGGAAGCUCUUGGCACGUUUUGUUAUUGAUGAAGCACAUUGUGUCAGUCAGUGGGGACAUGAUUUUCGUCAAGAUUAUAAACGAAUGAAUAUGCUUCGCCAGAAGUUUCCUUCUGUUCCAGUGAUGGCUCUUACCGCCACAGCUAAUCCCAGGGUUCAGAAGGACAUCCUCACUCAGCUGAAGAUUCUCAGACCUCAGGUGUUUAGCAUGAGCUUUAACAGACAUAAUCUGAAAUACUAUGUAUUACCGAAAAAGCCUAAAAAGGUGGCAUUUGAUUGCUUAGAAUGGAUCAGAAAGCAUCACCCAUAUGACUCAGGGAUAAUUUACUGCCUGUCCAGGCGAGAAUGUGACACAAUGGCUGACACAUUGCAGAAGGACGGUCUUGCUGCUCUUGCUUAUCAUGCUGGCCUCAGUGAUUCUGCCAGAGAUGAAGUACAGCACAAGUGGAUUAAUCAGGAUGGCUGCCAGGUUAUCUGUGCAACAAUUGCAUUUGGAAUGGGGAUUGACAAACCUGACGUGCGAUUUGUGAUUCAUGCAUCUCUCCCUAAGUCCGUGGAGGGCUACUACCAAGAAUCUGGCAGAGCCGGCAGAGACGGAGAAACAUCUCACUGCCUUCUUUUCUAUACCUAUCAUGAUGUGACCAGACUGAAGAGACUCAUUAUGAUGGAAAAAGAUGGAAACCAUCAUACGAGAGAGACUCACUUUAAUAAUUUGUAUAGCAUGGUACAUUAUUGUGAAAAUAUAACGGAAUGCAGGAGAAUACAGCUUUUGGCCUACUUUGGUGAAAAUGGAUUUAAUCCUGAUUUUUGUAAGAAAUACCCAGAUGUUUCUUGCGAUAAUUGCUGUAAAACAAAGGAUUAUAAAAUAAGAGAUGUGACUGAUGAUGUGAAAAAUAUUGUAAGAUUUGUUCAAGAACAUAGUUCAUCACAAGGAAUGGGAAAUAAGCAUGUAGGUCCUUCUGGAAGAUUUACUAUGAAUAUGCUGGUUGACAUUUUCUUGGGGAGUAAGAGUGCAAAGAUUCAGUCGGGUAUAUUUGGAAAGGGAUCUGCUUAUUCACGACACAAUGCUGAAAGACUUUUUAAAAAGCUGAUACUUGACAAGAUUUUGGAUGAAGACUUAUACAUUAAUGCCAAUGACCAAGCAAUCGCUUAUGUGAUGCCUGGAAAUAAAGCCCGAACUGUACUAAAUGGGCAUUUGAAGGUAGACUUUAUGGAAACAGAAAAUUCUAGCAAUGUGAGAAAACAAAAAGCUUCAGUGACAAAAAUAUCUCAGAGGGAAGAGAUGGUUAAGAAAUGUCUUGGAGAACUUACAGAAGUCUGCAAAUCUCUGGGGAAAGUUUUUGGUGUCCAUUACUUCAAUAUUUUUAAUACUGUCACUCUCAAGAAGCUUGCAGAAUCUUUAUCUUCCGAUCCUGAGGUUUUGCUUCAAAUUGAUGGUGUGACUGAAGACAAACUGGAAAAAUAUGGUGCAGAAGUGAUUGCAAUAUUACAGAAAUACUCUGAGUGGACAUUGCCAGCCCAGGACGAUUCCCCACGGUUAUCUGUGUCCAGCAACAGAGGCUCCGGAAGAAAUGCCCUUGAGGAGCUUGAUGAGGAAACACCCGUCUCUUCUCACUACUUUGCAAAUAAAACCAGAAAUGAAAGAAAGAGGAAAAAUAUGCCAGCCUUCCGAAGAUCUAAGAGGAGAAAAACUGGUGGUUCUAAGGCAAAGGGGGGGUCCACCACAUGCAGAAAAAUGUCUUCUAAAACUAAAUCCUCCAGCAUAAUUGGAUCCAGUUCCUCUUUCAGUGAUUCUCAAGCAACACCAGGAGCCAGUAGAAGAUUGGGGAUUAUGGCUCCACCAAAGCCUAUAAAUAGACCGUUUCUUAAGCCUUCGUAUGCAUUUUCAUAACAACCAGAUCUCAGCAUACACAGAUCUUUCCUUCUUGUCAGCAUCUGACCAUCUGUGAAUGUAAAGCUGUUAGUCUUGCUAUACCCCUUGAAAUUUUUACUUGUAUCUAUUAAUAUUUAAAUAAAUGCAUGAGGGUGAUAGUUCUUAUUUUUAAAAUAAACAUUUUCUUUUGAAUAAGCGUGUUUUGAUGCCACUGCAAGUGUUGUGGCCGUUGUUUCUCAGAAUGUCUGAAGCAGCAGCUGAAUCAUCUCAGUGAGAGAAAUUCUAUGCAUAACAUGAGACCCAGAAGCCAAAGGAAAAGACACACAUGGGACACUGUGAAACUGUAAAACUUUUUGUGUAAGACAACAGGAACAAAAUUAAAAGAAAAAUGACAGAAAAUGUAUUAUGAAGGAUUAAUGUCUGUAAUAUACGGAGUAGACAAAUGAACAAAGGAUGUAAACAGGUGGUCUCAGAGGAAGAGACGCAGACGGCCCACACGGGCUGGCCGGUUAGCUCAGUUGGUUAGAGUGCAGCCUUGUAACAAAUGGCCCAGAAAUGUGUGGAAAAUGCUCGUUCUCUCUAAUUAAAAAUAGAAAUUGAAACCAUGA